UUUUAUUCCUCGCUAAUUGCAGGACAGCCAUGGAUAAAAGUGAGUUGGUACAGAAAGCCAAACUGGCCGAGCAGGCCGAGCGUUACGAUGACAUGGCUGCUGCUAUGAAGGCUGUCACUGAGCAGGGACAUGAGCUGUCCAAUGAAGAAAGGAAUCUCCUCUCCGUGGCCUACAAGAACGUGGUCGGUGCCCGUCGCUCGUCCUGGCGCGUGAUUUCCAGCAUCGAACAGAAAACAGAGAGAAACGAGAAGAAACAGCAGAUGGGAAAGGAAUAUCGUGAGAAAAUCGAGGCUGAAUUGCAGGAUAUCUGCAAUGAUGUUCUGGAACUCCUGGAUAAAUACCUUAUUGUCAAUGCCACGCAGCCAGAAAGCAAGGUCUUCUAUUUGAAAAUGAAAGGUGAUUACUACAGAUACCUCUCAGAGGUGGCAUCUGGGGACAAUAAGCAAACAACGGUAGCAAACUCCCAGCAAGCUUAUCAGGAGGCAUUUGAAAUUAGCAAGAAAGAGAUGCAGCCAACACACCCCAUUCGACUCGGUUUGGCUUUAAAUUUCUCUGUCUUCUACUAUGAGAUCCUAAAUUCUCCUGAAAAAGCCUGUAAUCUGGCAAAGACGGCAUUUGAUGAAGCGAUAGCAGAGCUGGACACGCUGAAUGAAGAGUCUUACAAAGACAGCACCCUGAUCAUGCAGCUGCUUAGGGACAACCUCACUCUAUGGACGUCGGAAAACCAGGGAGAUGAAGGGGAUGCUGGGGAGGGAGAGAACUAAUGGCUGUCACGCUUCACUAUAUGUUCAAUGUCACCCUGUAUCCUACACAUAAUCCCUUUGUGCGACAAGCAAAAA